AUGCUUCCUCGUGAGUCCAACUCCAAAGAGACCGAUGCUGGAUUGUUAAGUAUACUGACAUAUCCUGGGUUUUCUGUCACAGACGAUGAAUUAAUUGAAAGUACACGUAGCGCAAUCAUUCGGAAGCUUUUGGGGAGAUAUGGUUGUCGACGUUUCUUACGUGAUGGAUUUCGUACUGUUAGAGAAGAUGUAAACCGUCUGUAUUACGAGCCUUGGGAGCUACGUAUGUUUGAUGGUAUUGAGUGUGAAUGGCCAAUGUUUUUUGCAUGGCUUGUGAUUGAUGCAAGUUUCCGUGAAGAUUUUGACGAUGCAGAUCGAUAUAUGCAGAUGCUUCAAGAAGUCGUUAUCCCAGAGGCUUUCAGUAAAAUUUAAAGUAUUCAAUUGUCUAUGCAAAGCAAUGCUAGCUGUGUUACACUUCUCAAGUCUGAUUGUGUAAUCGUGAAAUAUAUAUGUACUAAUGAUCUUGUUUCUAAAUAUGAGAAUAACAGUUGUACGACUAAAACACCAUUCUUCAAGGAAUACAGAAAUAUUGAGAACACUUUGUACAAGUCCUUUCAAUCAUCUCAAAUUUAAUUCAGUACCAUUUCCUCCAAAAAGUUUCAAGUUGACAUUUCUCUUCAUCAUGUUACUCAAUAACGUGUUCCACUAGAUUUUCGUUCUCUUAGGGAUUAGUAUUUUGUCUGUAAAAUAAUAAGUUUGAGGUAAUUUGAUCAUAGACCAAAACUCAAGACUCAUUCGUUGACUGGAAUAUUUUUCUGUAUGUUCAGUUAGACAAUAAAGCACUUCGUAUUCCGUUUUAAUGAUUUUUUGACUGCUUCAAUGCGAACAAAGACAAAUUUACUCGAAGCUGGAUGUAUAUGACUUGUUCUUGAAGGAAGUUGACAUCAAGACUUAACGUUUUGCAGCCGACAAUGAGGAAUGUAUAUCGAACAAAAUUAUAAAAGAUAGAAAUAUGAACAGAAAUUAUUUACAAAUUUAGUCCAUUUUUACUAUUCCUACAUUGCUGAUCAUAAUCGUUGACUGCACUGGAUCCUAAAUUUAUCCGAAUCGCUGUAGUGCAGUCCUGACAAAUAUGAUGCUAUCCCGAUUCAAGUAAAGCAUAAAAUCAUAACCAACUUUGAAUAGUAUUGUUAUAAACGUAAAGGAGAGGAUGCUGGUUAUAACAGUAGGGGUUCUUGUUAUAACAGUCCUUUUACUUCUUACACGUAUGUGGGACGUUAAUUUAUCUUAGACGAAUAUCUACACUAGAU